ACAUACAACACUGGUUGUAGGAAAGCUGUGUCCGUACAUGCCACGUGUAGGGCAGGAAAGACUCAAACCCCGAAGAAAAUAUAACUGCCGGGUAUCCUAGUGGGGCCCGCACAAAAUGAUCCAUUAGCCGCUCCAAAUCACGCACGUUGGCAGCAACUACAAUUUGGCGGUACUCCUCCCAUAAACAUAUGCCAUUUAAAAAAAAUUUCCCUCCCUUAUUUCAUCAGAAAAGAACUGAGCAUUUGAGAUAUGGAAGAAGAAGAAGAAGAGUAUUGCAAUUCGAACCCGUACACCUCCGGAGAAUGGUUGCAGUCCUGCAGACAAGGCCAUCGAUCAUCAGUCCAGAUCGAAACCGUACAAGGCGGGAGGAUCUGCCUCAUGUGCUUCUCCAACCUCCUCUCCAACCACACCACCUCCCCUCCCUUGCACUUAUCCUACGCACUUUCUCAGCUAUCUCAGGCCAUCCGCAGCCCUCCUUUCCUCCUUAACCUGCGCACCUUCCAUGCGCACUUACUCAUCACUCCUCUCUCCCACGCGCUUGUCUCCUUCCGCGACGAACCUCUGGCUCGGCAGACCAUCGAUCUCAUCGCCGAUCUCUGUGCCGGCCCUGAUAAUGCCACUGCUUUCGCCCGCGAUUUCAUCUCUCGGAUCGCCGAUCUUCUGUCCUCGGGCGCGUUGGCGUGGAGCCGUGGCCAGAUCUACGCGCUGCAUUGCUUAGGAAUUCUACUGAACUGUCAGAUGGAUGAGAAUCUGUCCGCUCACAUCAAAGAUAAAGUUGCUCUCAUCUCCAGCCUCGUCAAGGGGCUUAAGCUGCCAUGUGAAGAGAUUCAUGGGGAAAUCUUGUUUGUGCUGUAUAAGCUAUCCAUCCUGCAAGGCGAAGGAAGUGAUGAUUUCUUGUGCUUUUGCCCGAAACUGUUGUACCUGUCCUUGGAAGCUCUCAUAAAGACCCAACACGAUGACGUCCGCAUGAAUUGUAUAGCGCUGCUGACAGUAUUAGCUCAGAGAGGAUACCUUGAAUUCGAGAAAUCACUGGCAAAUGUUCAAAGUAGUUGUAAUUCCAGAGAAGCAGGCAAUUUCAUUCAGACAACACAACUUGCAACUGGUACUUCUCUGAUCAGCUUGUUUGCUGACGCCAUCAAAGGUCCUCUGCUUUCUUCUGAUACACAAGUACAAAUCAGUGCUUUGGACUUGAUCUUUCAUUUGCUAUCAUUAGAGGUAACUUCUGUCAAACAGAUUCAAAUCCUGGUCGAAGAAAGCAUCACUGACUACGUUUUUGAAGUACUGAGAUUGUCAGGAAAUAAGGAUCCUCUGGUUGUUUCCUGCCUCCGCGUUCUGGGUCUUUUAGCGACUGCAGAGGAAGCCAUCCGACAGAGUCUCGCCAUUGGGUUUCCUACCCUGAUUCCAGUUCUGCGUUAUGUAUCAGAGAUACCACUUCAUCCAGUUCAACCUCAUACACUGAAGCUUAUUUCGACCUGCAUCUUCCACUGCCCUGGUAUUAUAUCAAGAUCUCAAAUAGAAGAAUUGGUUGUGGUCUUGACAGCAAUGUUCAGAAUGUACACCCGUGGAGAGAUGGGGAUGUUGUCUGAAACAUUCACCAUGGCCUGCUCAACAUUCAUAGGUCUACUGACAUUACCGUCUUCAUGCGGGAUCCCAUCAUUAGCAGCGUCUGUCCAAGAAGCAUUUAGCAAUGCAAUUCAAUCAUCUUUUUGUGGACCUCGCAGAAAUCCCAAUCAAGUCCUUUUGUACUCCCUCUACCUUUUGAAAGAAGCCUAUGCCUACAGUCAAGAACAGAACACUGUGAAUACGGACCGCGUGGAAUUGGCCAACUGUACCAUACAAAUGUGUGAAACCCAUAUAUUACCCUGGCUUGGAAGGUCCAUUGACGAAGCAGAGGAAGACGAGGAAAUUGUCCUGGGAAUACUUGAAACUUUUCACUUGAUUCUGCUUCAGGGGUCUGACAUACAGGCCAAGAAGUUUGCUGAGAUGCUGGCUUCCUCAUCUUGGUUCAGCUUGUCCUUUGGAUGCUUAGGAUUGUUUCUGUCGGAUCAGAUGAAAUGGAGAGUAUAUCUGUUGCUCGGCUCCAUUGUCGAUAAAAUUUUGGGAAAUGACUCAGGUCAGCCCAUCAGAGAAGCUGCUACGAUCCUACCAUCAGAUCCUCUAGACUUGUUGUUUCUGCUUGGACAGAAGAGCUCACAUUGUUCGGAUUUGAUUUCCUGUCAAUCUGCAGUUCUUUUAAUGCUAUAUACCAGUUCAUUGCAAGAUGAAAGCCUUGCAGAUGAUAGACAGGUUUUGGCUUCCUUAGAGCAAUAUAUUCUUGUUAACAAUGCCAAUGUAGCAGAUUCCACAUCCUUGACUCGAUUAGUGCAUCUAUAUGGUCUUAUUAGGGGUGCUGAUACAAGCUACCAGACACCCUACAGUCUUGAAGCAGAGAAUCUCCUGUUCCAUUUACUAGUUGAGAAGGACUGGGAUUUGCUUUCUGCAAGAAUUCAUCCCAGAGCUUUGAAAUGGUUGUUCCAACAGGACAGGAUACGGGCACCAUUGUCUGCCCAGAUCCUGAAUUUCUGUAGAUUCAACAGCGAGAAAGAGACCCAAAUUAGCAACCAUGGAAACAACACUCAGAUGACAGACAUUGAAGUAAUUGCAGAGCUGGUAGCAGCAAGUGAUAACAUUGGAGCGUCGCUGCUGGUAUCUUUACUGAAACAACUCCAAGAAGAAGGUCGAGAGGAUUACAUCACUUCAUUGAUGAAUCUCAUGGCCGAAAUCCUCAACAUCUUUCCAGCUGCUUCAAACCAAUUUUGCCAGAAUGGUAUCAGUGAUGUAAUCCGCAGCUUGUACUAUUCAACAUAUUCUUCGGCCAGGAUCUUCACAACUUGCUCGAUUCUUGUUUUCAACAUUCUACAGUCAGCAUAUCCUCAAAUGCUCUUGGAUCACAAACCUUGGCAUCUGGUUACUACAAAGCUGCUGGAGUGUUUGAUCCCUACAUUUUCUGCAGACACGUGCAACCAAGAAGGGCAUCUAGUGAUUUGCAUUCUUUCUCUGAUCCUGCACCAUUCCACCAACCAAGCACUCACUGAAGCUGCAAAAGUCAUACUGUUGAAUACUUCCCUAGCUUCUGCAGUUAAUAACAUAAUCCAAGCAGCCUGCGGAAAAGGCCUGACUUUGGUUGAUCAUGAUGAGGAAACGAGCACUGGAGAAACCUUAACUUUUGUGCUCUUACUAUAUUUUUUCUCGUUAAGAAGUUUGGAUGUGCUUUUACAAGGGACCUUGGAUUGGCAAGAUUUCCUUCACUCAUCCAACAGCAUCCAACCGCUUUCCGUUGUCCGUAUUCCCUGCCAUGAUUUAUGCAGGUUGAUACAUUUUGGGCCUGCUUCUAUUAAGCUGGUCGCAUCACAUUGCCUUUUGGAGCUGCUCAUCAGAAUCACAGAUCAGAGGAAUAGCAAACAAGAUGGGCUCAAAUGCUCUGGAAAGUAUUUGCAGUCUGUCAUAGCCGUACUGGAAGGUUUGGUCUUUUAUGGAGAUAUUAGAGUAGCCAUGAACUGCGCUUUGUGUUUGUCCACAAUUCUGAGGUGGGAGAAGCUAGGCGUGCAGGAGAAGAGAGCAGUUGGAGAAGAUAAAUGGUGCAGGGUGGUCAUGGAAGAGUUGGCAUUGUCUUUGGCAGCUCCUAGUUUGGCAUCGAAGUCAUUCAUGAAUCAGCACAAGCCCGCAACUCAUAUAGCCAUUGCAUUGCUAAGACUGGAUCGAGCAGGUGAGUGGAUGAGAUCUGUGUUCAAUGGUCCUUGCAUCUCUGGUAUAAUUGGGAACCUUUCAGCUGGUAACAUGAGUGCCGAGAUGGCCCGAUUGUUUAGAGAGCUAUUAGUCUCUGGAUAUCUGAACGAAGAGCAGAUCGAAGCUCUAAAUCAAGUGUUCCAGGCCUGCAGAAAACAGGUAUACAUGAGCAGUACUCAAGAGCAGGAUAAAGAUGAGUGUUUUGAGAAGGUGCUCGCUGUCCCUGAUGAUUUAGGCAAGGCAUGCAGGGUACUGAUUCACCUAAUGUCAUUUUCAACACACACUGUAAGUGGAGUUCGAGCCGAGCAGAGGAAACUGUUGGAAGAAAUUGAAAUGUUCAGUCGAGAGUAUUCCACAAGAACAUAACAAGCAAGACUUGAAACAUCGACUCGGUUCCUCCCCAAAUCUCAUUAGCAUUUCAUUGAAAUGUUCACUCAUCGAUUAUACGCUAUUGAAUCAAAGAAAUAAGCCUUAUCUAAUCAUGGGUCCUCUUUGUUUAUCUUUUAGAGAAAAGAGAAACGAAUACAGAACACUCUCGGUUAGUGGAUUUUGAAUAAAGGCAAUGAAUAGGAGGAAUUAUAGGGUCCUCA